AUGUCUCAAGCAGUUCCCAGGAUUGUUACCCGAGCGCUGGGUAAUAAUGGACCUCAAAUUCCUCGCCUCGGCCUCGGCCUCAUGGGUUUGAGCGGACACUAUGGCAUGCCCGCUCCAGACGAAGAGCGCCUGGCCUUUUUGGACAAGGCAUAUGAGAUGGGCGAGAGAUACUGGGACACAGCCGACAUGUAUGGAGACAACGAGGACCUCCUGGGAAAGUGGUUCGCCGCCAACCCGGGAAAGCGUGAAAACAUCUUUCUCUCCACCAAGUUCGGCAUCCAAAUGGAAGGCAGAAACAUCAAGGUCGACUCUUCUCCAGGGUACUGCCGACAGGCCGUCGAAAAGUCGUUGAAGCGGCUCGGACUGCCAUUUGUCGACUUGCUCUAUGUUCACCAUCUCGACAAGGUCACGCCGAUUGAAAAGACGAUCCAAGUCAUGGUUGAACUCAAGAAUGAGGGCAAGAUUCACCACCUUGGGUUGAGCGAGUGCAGCGCUGAUACGCUCCGUCGUGCUUCUGCAAUCCACCCCAUUGCCGCUGUUCAGAUGGAGUACAACCCGUUUACUGUGGAGAUUGAAUCGCCUGAGCGUCGCUUCCUCGAGACUGCGCGAGAACUCGGCAUCGCCGUGGUCGCAUACAGUCCUCUUGGAAGAGGGCUUCUUACUGGAUCCAUUUCAUCGAAAGAGGACCUUACCAAGGCUGGUGAUAUGCGAACCAUGUUGCCCCGAUUCAACGACGAAAACCUCGAGAGGAACCUAGCAGUUGUGGCAAAGAUUUCCGAAAUCGCAAAGGCCAAGAGUGUUACUCCAACACAGCUGGCACUGGCCUGGGUCCUGGCGCAGGGUGAUGAUAUCUUUGCUAUUCCCGGAACAACAAAAGCACAUAGACUUGGCGAGAAUCUCGGAGCCAUGAGCGUCAGCCUGACUGCGGAAGAGGAGCAAGCCAUUCGCAAUGUUGGAAAGGAAGUCUUUGGAGCUCGAAUUCAUGACAAAAUUCCCGGUGUCAACAUCUUUGGCGACACUCCGCCGCUCGAGGCAUAA